GCCAGCAUGGCUCCCUCUGCUGGCCUGCAGAGGCUUCUCCCAUACAUCACCCUCAGGACUUCAUUACCCAUCAUCCCAUGCACUAGACUGAUCAGCACCACACCUGUUUCCUGUUGUUAUAAUUACCUGGACUAUAUAGCUCACUCAGAACUCAUUCACUUUGCGAAGUAUUGUUAGCCUGUCUGCAUACCGAGCACUUAUCCUGUUAUCCUGUUCUGUGCCUUUCUGUUUUUGACCCGUGCCUGUUUAUUGUUUAUGAUUGUAUGCUGCCUGCCUUGACCUUUGCCUGGAUAUAUUGACUACUGUUUUUGGAUUGUCUACGCUGUGUUUGUUUGCCUGGUUGUUGACCUUAGCCUGUUUGUGGAUUACUCUUCAAUAAACCUGCAUUUGGAUCUAACCCGUUUCACAGUUCAUGACAGAAUACUUCGCCACACAAGAUCCAGCGGUUUACUUCAUCCACUCCGGUCGAUUUCUUUACACCAACCAUGGAACAAUCAGCCAAAUCCAAACUCAACUCUACAGGUAUUUACCAUAACCCAUUUCAGAAUUACACACCCAAUAUGGACCCAGGAAGUUUGUUGCUAGAACUACGCCAAGGAAACCGUCCGAUAGAGGAAUAUGUGAAGGAAUUCCUUAAUCUAAGCUAUCGAGUGAACUUUGGCGAUUUAGCUCUGAAAGACAUUUUUCGUUUUGGCUUGAAUGACAAUUUACGCUACCUCAUGCCCAACAGUCGGGAAAUUGAGUCUUUUCAAGAUUUUAUUGACUUUGCAUUGUUGUUGAGUGGGUCCUCCUUCACUGUGGGUGAAGUGGAGGUGGACGCCACUCCUAAACAUUUUUUGGGAGGGGGCAGUAGGCAUCAGGCUCCGUGGGCUGGGCAGUCAGACCACCCACAGACGCCUGUAUGCACUACGUUUACUCUGUCCAGUCCUGUCCUUGCCAUGUCUGUUUUGCAAAAGCCAGCAGAAGCCAUGCCUGUCUCCGUUCCUAAAAUGGCCGCCACCAUGCCUGUCCCUGUUCCUAAAAUCGAUGCCACCAUGCCUGUAUCUAUGUCCAGGAUGGCAAUCAGAAGAACACCCUUCUCUAAGAGGGCCGCAAGGCCUGCACCAGUUCCCAAAAUGGCCGCCGCCAUGAUUGCACCUGUUUUCAAGAUGGCUACUGCCAUACCUGCACCUGUUAUCAAGAGGGCCAUUGCCAUAUCUACACCUGUUCCCCAGAGGGCCGUUGCCAUACCUGCACCUGUUAUCAAGAUGGCCGCCAUGCCUGCACCAGUUCACAAGAUGGCUGCCGCUGCACCCGAGCCAGUUCACAAGAUGGCUGCCGCUGCACCCGAGCCAGUUCACAAGAUGGCUGCCGCUGCACCCGAGCCAGUUCACAAGAUGGCUGCCGCUGCAUCCGAGCCGAGUGAAUCUCCUGAGUCCUCCGAGCCGAGUGAAUCUCCUGAGUCCUCCGAGCCGAGUGAAUCUCCUGAGUCCUCCGAGCCGAGUGAAUCUCCUGAGUCCUCCGAGCCGAGUGAAUCUCCUGAGUCCUCCGAGCCGAGUGAAUCUCCUGAGUCCUCCGAGUCGAGUGAAUCUCCUGAAUUGCCAGUCCUGGAACGCCCGCCUUCUCCUGGGCGUGAAAAGAAACAAAGGUAUUCACAAGGUAAGUGUUCCAGACAACUGGGCCGUUUCUCUCCGUGGGACACUGUAUCGCUGCGUGAUGGCUCUGAAGGUUCAACACAGGGUAAACACAAGGUGAGUAUUCCAGAUACCUGGGCCGUUUCUCUCUGUGGGACACUGUAUCGCUGCGUGAUGGCUCUGAAGGUUCAACACAGGGGCGACGUAACCCCUACUCCCCCACUGAAAGGGCGUAAGGCGGGUGAGACACAGGGAGGAAAAAUCUACAGACCUCAAGCAGCGGUGGAUGUCCGAAUGUCGGCUUGUACAAUGGCUCCACUACAGAUGGUAAGGUUCAAGACUGUGAUAGUGGGCCGAACGCUUCCCUCUCCUCUCCUCCAGCUGACGGGAUCAGAGAUCUAG